AUGGAUUGUCCACAUGAUUUCUAUUCAUUGUGUAGUAUGGUUGUACAGGAUUUAAUAGGCUCUGAUGAUUCCAACCCCACCGAGUCGCCUUUACUGAGCGGUGGUCCCCAUGCUGACACUGACCAAGACGAGCUGGGUAAUGUAACAAGGGUAUUGGGCUCUGUGGAUUCCGAUCCGAGUGUGUCUCCUUUACGUUGCAAUAGUACCCAUGCUGGUACUGACUAUGAUGGGCUACACAGUGCGGGAUCUGAUGACUCCAACCUUAGUGACUCACUUUUACCGAGCAGUGGUCCUCGCAAUGGCACCGACUAUGACGAACCGGGCAAUCUGGCAAGUGAAGUGGGCCCUUCUGUUUCAAAUCCUAGUGAGUAUCUAGCGAUUGACAUUGCGCAGGAUGAACAUAAUGAUUUUGGCCAGCCACAUCACAGGACAAGGGUAACUGCCUUAGGGUUGACCUUUAUGCUCGUUGGUUUGAGCCUAGAAAUGUUGUCAGCCGGUUUCGAUCAGGUUUCCUCCGCAAGUACGCCUCUCUAUGCACUAAUCAGUUUGCUGUUGGCCAUUGUGGCCGUACUUACUUGCAUCCUGGAGCUCAUUCACAAUGGUAUAAAGGACAAAGAUGCGUCUCCGAAUAGACCUGGUUUUGGUAUGUUGCCUGACAUUUUUGGAUUGGGACUUGCCGUGAUUCAAUGUGUUUGCUCGGCAGUGCAGUAUUAUUUCCUCCAUCAUCGUGAGAAUAAUCCAAUGAAACUGUCCCCUGUGCCUCUCUUUUUCUUCGCCUGCUUUCUUGUGAUUUAUUCUGUUUGGCUUUUAGCUGCGCCUAAGGUUAUAGCAGCAACAGUAGCAAGUGAUCCAACUAAGUAUUCUGAAGCAUUUCUCGGUAAACCAAAUGAAGAGUAUUGUGCUUGGAUUCUUGACUCUGAGAAGUGGGGAGGUGCCAUAGAGCUUUCAAUAUUAGCAGAUUAUUAUGGGCGUGAAAUUGCAGCAUAUGAUAUUCAAACUACACGUUGUGAUUUGUAUGGUCAGGAGAAGAAGUAUUCCGAAAGGGCUCUGCUGAUCUAUGAUGGGCUUCAUUACGAUGCUUUAGCUAUGUCACCCUUUGAGGGAGCUCCAGAGGAGUUUGAUCAGACUAUAUUUGCAGUUAGGGACAGUACCAUUGGGCCAGUUGAGGGGCUCGCUCUUAAUCUUGUGAAAGAGCAACAAAGUAAAAGGAGAUACACCGACACUGCCAACUUCACUUUGCGCUGUGGGGUGUGCCAACUUGGACUAGUUGGCCAGACGGAGGCUGUGGAGCAUGCACGAGCGACAGGGCAUGUCAACUUUCAAGAAUACAGAUAA